AUGGCCGAUAUGAGUGCAGAAUCCAUCCAGCAGAAGAUCCAAAUCGCCCGUCGCGAUGCCGAGGCGCUCAAGGACAGGAUAAAACGGAAGAAGGACGAGCUUGCUGACACCACCCUCCGUGAUGUUGCGAAGCAACGAGUUGAGGCCCUGCCGCGUCUCUCGAUGAAGACCAAGCGCACCCUCAAGGGCCAUCUGGCCAAGAUCUACGCCAUGCACUGGUCGACGGACCGCCGGCAUCUCGUGUCUGCUUCGCAGGACGGCAAGCUCAUCAUCUGGGACGCCUACACCACAAACAAGGUCCACGCCAUCCCGCUGAGGUCAUCGUGGGUCAUGACCUGCGCCUACUCGCCGUCUGGAAACUACGUCGCGUGCGGAGGGUUGGACAACAUCUGCUCCAUUUACAACCUCUCGGCGCGGGAAGGCCCCACUCGCGUCGCCCGGGAGCUGUCCGGCCACUCGGGUUACCUGUCUUGCUGCCGAUUUAUCAGCGACAAGCGCAUCCUCACAUCUUCUGGCGACAUGACUUGUGUUCUUUGGGACUUGGAAACUGGCUCCAAGGUGCACGAGUUUGCUGACCACUUGGGCGACGUUAUGAGCUUGAGCAUAAACCCGCUCGACCACAACCAGUUCGUCUCCGGUGCUUGCGAUGCUUUCGCCAAGCUGUGGGAUAUCCGUCAGCAGAAGUGCGUCCAGACAUUUGCGGCCCACGACUCCGAUAUCAACGCCAUUCAAUUCUUCCCCAAUGGCAACGCUUUCGGUACCGGGUCGGACGACGCGUCGUGCCGCCUGUUUGAUAUCCGUGCCGACCGCGAACUACAGGCCUACACUAUCCCCGAGCCAGUCUGCGGUAUCACAUCGGUGGCCUUCUCCGUAUCGGGUCGUUUGUUAUUCGCUGGUUACGACGAUUUCGAGUGCAAGGUUUGGGACGUUCUCCGCGGCGAGCGCGUAGGCACACUACAAGGUCACGACAACCGAGUCAGCUGUCUUGGCGUGAGCAACGAUGCUCUCAGUCUUUGCACUGGUUCAUGGGAUUCCAUGCUCCGCAUCUGGGCAUAA